AUGGCUACACCACAAGGAUCGUCGCACUCAGCGUUGAAGACCUCCCUACCUUCCGCCUUCGCCGCCGCCAACGCCGACCAGCCUGCCAGUCAUCUGCCCUCCCAGGAGGAACAAGAGAAAUACCUACCAGGCCGACCAGCGGCCACGCCACGCCAUCUCGGAAUUGCGCUUCAACAUGCACACCAAAUUCAGGCCCAGAAAGAUGCCGAGGACAUGAUUCUCGAUCGAAUAAUCGAUCUCCUCACCCUGCCCUCGUCUCCGUCUGCCAACCCCGCCGCUCCUUCUCCAGCAGAUACGCAGGCAUUCAAGUCUGCCAUAGUUCACUUCACGCCUAAAAACUACGAUAAUCUCAUCACCGAAAGAAACUUUGAAGGGCUCUGCGGCUACACCCUCUGUCCGCAGGAACACCGCACAAACGGCGGCACCAACCAAGCGUUCUCCUUCAAAUGGGGCGCCAAAGGGAGUGGUCCUGGCGGCCGCGGUCGCAGCAUGGAUAUUGUUCCGCAGGAACAGCUGGCAAAGUGGUGUUCUGACGAGUGUGCCGAGCGAGCCUUGUUCAUUCGCGUGCAGCUGGCCGAGGAGCCGGUGUGGGGGCGACGAGCAGCGGAUACCGAUGCGAUAAAAAUUGAGCUUCUGGAAGAAUCUCGAGCUCACCAGCGCAAGCUCAAGGCUGGAAGUUCCAGUACGGCUGCAGUAGCAGCAAGUCUGCGCGACUUGAAAAUUCAGGACCCCGAACGUGCGCGUGAACUUGCCAUGGAGCGCGGAGACACCAGUCUUCCUCUGCGUCAAGGGCGCGUUGAUGUCCAGAUCAAGGAAAAGGAACACAAUGUACAAUCGACUGCUCGUGCACCACAGAUGCGCGCGGAGGAUGCUAUGGGUGGUUCCAUUGAAGGAUAUGUGCCCCAGAAACCGCAAGGCCAAAAGUCGGUGGACUAUGAUAAUAAUGGCGAUGUGCUUGGCCAGAUUUGA